ACGCGCCAAGGAGACGGCUGCUGCCGCGGAGGCCGCCAAAUUGAAGGCUCUUGAGGUUGAUGAUGAUGAUGACGUCACACGUGCUCUUCUCGCUGCCGAGGCUGGAGUAACCUAUACCCGCACCACGGGACCAAAUGGAGAGGGUAAAUAUUCAAAAACUUUUUUUCGGGAGCAUUGCUGUCCCAUGCUAAUGCUAAUUUCAUCAAUAACCCCACCAGCCGUGCUAGCAUCAUGGUCCAUCAAAGCAAGCGUGAAUUCCUAUCCACCUUUAUGGCACUACAGUAGUCGCCGAAGAUCACGCAACAUGUCGACAUAUGUGAAAGAUUGA